AUGCGUGGUCUUGUGCUUUCGCUAGCUGGAUCCAGUCCUUCAGACCUGACCAAGGCCAAUAUUACCAUCGAUGCUCCGACCCAAGAUGACCGCGAUGACGUCAUUGCUACAAGACCAGGCAUCAUCGCUCAGGUGAACAUUCCACCUUCAGUUGCAUCCGUCAUUUCGUCCACGGCCCCACUCUCAGGAUCGCCGUCGAAUGGCAGUGGUGAAUAUGUCCGGGUCAACUUCAAUGUAUUUUCAACUCCAUCCCUGUUUAUUUCUAAAUCAUUGCGCACAUUCAGUGCAGCUAAUGAAGACUUCAAUCGAUCGGCUAACUCUCCCGUGAUUUCUCUCAGUAUUGGAAGAGGGAAAGUUGCAGCAUUGACCGAGUUCAUCAACUUUACCUUCACUACAAUAAUGUCUGGAUACGUGAAUCCCAUGUGUUCAUUCUGGGAUGAGGAGCAGGAAGAUUGGUCCCAAGAUGGAUGUGUUCUUGUUUCUGGAAUCACAUCAUCCGAUGAUCGCUCUGAUGAGGAGAUCGUGCGCUGUGCGUGUGAUCAUCUUACCAACUUCGCUGUUAUAAUGGAUAUCCAUGGACAGGAGGGUUCAUUAAUCGAGGCGUACAACAUCCUGACUUACAUUGGAUGCUGUAUUUCUAUCUUCAGUCUUCUUGUCACAUUGGCAACCUACCUGUGGAACAAGGAUUUGAGGACCAAACAGGCUAACAAGAUCUUCAUCUGUCUGUGUCUGACAUUGCUAUGUCUCUACACGACAUUUGUCAUCAUGAUCUCUCUCGAUUCAACCAGAGAUUAUCGUGAGGUCCAAGCUGGACCCUGUGGGUUUCUGACGGCCCUAGUUCACUUCUUCGUUUUGUCCUCUAUUGCAUGGAUGGGUGUGGAAGGGUACAAUACCUACCUCAUUAUCGUGAAGAUCUUUAACACCUACAUCCAGAAUUUCAUGAUCAAGGCUUCCUUAGCUGCAUGGGGUACGAUAUUUGAUUCAUUAUAUCUUUUUAAUGGGAAUAUUGCUUACUAUUAA